AACAUGUCUACUGAAACGACGUCUUGUACGGGCUCCACUUUACUGCAGCCUCUCAGCGACAUGGUAGAUCUUCCCUUAGAUCAGGUAAACUUUGUGGCGUGUCAGCUUUUCGCUUUGGUCACAGCCUGUUGGUUCCGACUCUAUCUGCAUCCCAGUAAGACCAGUCCCUUUAUUCGGCAUGUGGUGGCCACACUGCUGGGUUUCUACUUAGCCCUCUUCUGCUUUGGCUGGUAUGCCUUACACUUCCUGGUUCAGAGUGGACUCACGUACGGCAUCAUGAUUUUCACUGGAGUGGAGCACAUGCACAGAUACUGCUUUGUGGUCGCUCUGGGCUACCUCACACUGUGCCAGAUCACCCGGAUCUAUGUGUUUGACUACGGCAUGUAUUCAGCAGACUUCACUGGCCCCAUGAUGGUAAUCACACAGAAGAUCACCAGUCUGGCUUUUGAGAUUCAUGACGGUCUAGCGAAAAAGGAGGAGCACCUCAAGCCCAGUCAAAAGUAUCUCGCUGUCAGGAAGAUGCCUAGUCUGUUGGAGUAUUUGAGUUAUAACUGCAAUUUCCUGGGCAUCCUGGCAGGUCCCACAUGCUCCUACAAUAACUACAUAGCCUUUAUUGAAGGGACUGGUUACCAGCAGAAACAUGUAGAGACCAACGGCAAGGAGAAUGGCAAAUGCAAGCAGACUGACCCUUCACCUAAGAGAGACGUCUUUGUGAAGCUGGGCACCUGCGCUCUUUGUCUGGUGGUCUACUUGACCUUCUACCGCAUUUGUCCAGUUGAGCGAGUCAUCGGGGACCCCUCCAUCACCUCACAGCCCUUCUAUGUGCACAUCAUCAUGCUCUACCUGUCUAUGCUGUCUUUACGACCCAAAUACUACUUUGUGUGGACGCUGGCCGACGCCAUUAACAACGCAGCUGGCUUCGGCUUUAACGGUUACAACAAAGACGGCACUCCGAGAUGGGACUUAAUAUCAAACCUGAGAAUACUGGACAUAGAGUUGGCGACCAGCUUCAAGUCAUUUCUAGACAACUGGAACAUUCAGACAGCACUCUGGUUAAAAAGAGUGUGCUACGAGCGAUGUCCGUACCACCCUACAGCAGCUACUUUCCUGCUCUCUGCCGUGUGGCACGGAGUAUACCCAGGCUACUACCUCACCUUUGUCACAGGCAUCACCGUGACCCUAGCAGCCCGGGCAGUACGACACAACGUAAGGCAGCACUUCCUGGGCUCGUCCACUCACAAGCUCAUCUACGAUGUGAUUACGUGGGCCAGCACGCAGAUCGCUAUAAGCUACACUGUAGUGCCAUUCGUAGUGUUGGCAGUGGGACCUACGCUGAAAUUUUAUUGGUCGUGGUACUUCUGUCUUCACGUAACCUGCGUCCUGCUGGUCCUAGCUCUCCCCGUGAAGCGCAGAUCGUCACGAGAGAAACUGCAGGACAAACCCAUCCAGCCGGCGGAGGACGACGGCGAAUUCUCCAGCACAGACAGCAACUGCAACCAGAAACAGAAAACGUCCUGAGGAUCGCACCCUGCCUCCUCUCACACCUCUCCAGAACUCACAUCAACACCUGAGAGCCAGGGUGUCAUUCUCUUUCUCUUUCUCUAACUAACCAGAAUGGAAUGUUACUAAAAUAUCAAGGGCCAUCAGAACACACGAGCGCCAGUGGUGAAGCCUGCGUGCGGGAGAGGCACUGUUUGUCACUUUACAAUAGCCAGAAACUCCUUAGUGGGCGUCGACCAGUUCGGGGCUUUAAUCUGUCAAUGAGAUUUGCCAGUAAGAAGAAUCGAUUUGGUCCAAAUGGAGCAUUUUGAUUACAAAUGAAUCUGAAGUUGCCUUAGAAACCCUCUAUCUUCUAUCUAACACUCAGCAGACUGGUGAUUGAGGAAAGAACAUUUGCCCAACCGAGGCCAGCUUUUGCAGUACCUAGAGGGUGUUUUUUAAACAAUUGUCUGUUUAACAGUGCGUCUUUGGUGUGAAGGAUUUAUUUAACUGGGUUUUUAUAAAGGGAUAAUUUGAUGCCAAUCUCUCAUAA